UUGCUAGAAGCACCAAUCGCUGAUUCCUUCUAGUCGAUCAGUAUUGAUUCCUGUCCACUUGGUGAAAAUCCCCAGCAGUGCGGUUACUAGACUAGAAGCGGCAAACGCGCGCGACAACACUGGCCGUCGCUAGCGUAGCUGUUUAGGACUGCGAGUACUAGGCCACCUCUCGACGCCGCCGGUUCCAAACCCACAUGGAGAAGUUAGCAGACGAGAUUGAGCGUGCAACAUGGAGAGAAGAGACGUACUGUGGCAGCGCACGACGAGAACGAGCACCCGACGCCCUUCCGCUGCUGAAUGAGGGCCUUCACACGGAGCAUAGCGAGGAAAGCGUCGCCGUCACUCACAGCAGGACCAGCAGCGCCAGCAGCGUCAGCAGCUUCAGCAGCACCAACAUCAGCCAAUCCAGCGCCGGCAGGGAUGUUGGGAUCGACUGCGGCAGCAGCAGUGACGGGGACAGCGACGCUGGUAAUGACGGUGGCUACAUCAGCGUGCUAGCAGCGGAGGGAGAGGAGGAGCGGGCCGAGGAGAAGGGCGCGAAAGAGGCGCCAUCUGAAGAGGCGGCAUUGGCCCGCCCUGCCCAUCCCGCCGCCUUGCACGCCCUCUACUGGACCUUCAUUUUCAACUGCUUUGCCGAGCAGUCGUGGCGGUUCGCGGGAGCAGCUUUGCUCGCGUUGUUGCAUCACUCAUGGCUGCCGGUGGUUGUCGCGAGAUUUGUUAGCCAGCUGGUGGCAUGUGUGGCGGCUCCUCUGGUGGGCGACCUCAUGGACUCCGCUCCCAGGCUGCCCGCGCUCAGAAUCAUCGUCGUUGCUCAGGCCACGGCCAUUGUGGUGGGAGCAGUGGCCACCAUGCACGCCUUGCACCUCGCCUACCCCGCUGCUGCAGCGCCAGCAGCUGCUGCCACUGUCGCAGCAUCAUAUGCCACGUCAGCGCUGUCUGCUCUCCCCGCAACAGCUGUGCUACAGCAGGGGUGGUUUGCUGUGCUGCUGGUGGCGGGCGCAGUGGAGCGGCUCAUGGGACUGGCGUCGGGUGUGGCGGUUGAAAUGGACUGGGUCGUUGUGCUGGUGGGUGAGGAUCAGCCGGUGCUCAUGGCAAGCGCCAUGGCCAUGCUGGGGAGGAUAGAGCAGUGCUGCGAGGUUGCGGGCGCAUUCACCUUCGGAUGGGUCAUUGCCACAUGUGGCCCGCUCGUGUGUGCCAAAGCAUGCCUUGCUCUUGCUGCACUCUCCAUCCCUGGUCUGCUUGCGCUGACUGCUCUCACCAACCAUCUAUCGCAAGGAGCUCUAGGCCAGUCUUCGUCCCUUGAGAUAUCCCCUUCACAAGGGUCUCUCCCUGCUGCUGCUACUGAUGCUGCUGGAGCUUUCACUGAGGCUGUUGCUGCUGUCGCUGCUGCGUCUGAUGCUGCGGAUGCUGCUAGUGACAUCUCUUCCUCUGUUGCUGCCUCCGACGAUGGAGCUCUGGUCCCAGCUGUAUCGAAACGGGAGGAGGCACUGCCUGCUGGAUCGAAGAGUGGAGCUGUCAAUGUAGUUAUUGCUGUGUCAAGGGAGCAACUAUCCACACAGCAGGAGGCGGAAUCGGCAUGUGAGAUGCUUAGGAGGUGCGCAGCAUCAGCAGUGGCAGCUGUAGCAGCCGUGGGAGUGGCAGCAUCAGCAGUGGGGAGAGCAGCAGGGAAGGGUUGGAGCAACUUCGUGCAGCAGGCGGUGAUGCCUGCGAGCUUGGCAUAUGUGCUGCUGUGCUUCAAUGCUGUGCUCGCGCCAGGGGGCCUCAUGACCUCCUUCCUCUUCCACCACGGAAUUGACAUGGCAAUGAUAGGCGUGUUCAGCGGUGCGUGUGCUGCCAUGGCCUUUUCUGCCUCCUUCCUGUCGCCUACACUCGUGGCAUGCCUGGGCGUCCUGCAGGCUGGCAGUGCGGCCCUUCUGUUUCAAGCCUCCUUGCUCUGCAUCGCGGUGCUUGACUUCUCUUCUCUCCAGUUCUGCCCCCCAGCUCUGCAACAGGGGCUGCUGCUCUUUUUCCUCCUGCUUGUGGUGUUCUCUCGCAUGGGCCAGGGGAUGUAUCAGAUAGUUGGCUGUCAAAUCAUUCAGGCCGUGCCUGCGCCAUCGGCCAACCUGUUUGGAACGACGGAGAUGGCCCUCGGCAGCCUGGCAGAGCUGGCCAUGCUAGGCGUGGCCAUAGUGUUCCACGACCCCCGCCAUUUCGGCUCGCUGGUGCUCAUGUCCCUGGCUGCCGUCGUCGCUGCCGCUGCUCUCUACUGCUCCUGGCUGGCCACGCCCGACCCUAGGCUGGAAGAGCUGUUUCCGAAUCAACCGAAGCUCUGGUGGGAAAAUAUGUUGUGGGGGGAAACGGGCCAGAAAGGUAGAAAAAGGGAAGACGAAAUUCAGUUGAGUGACCAAGAGCUGGAGGUAGGGAGAACACACAAGGUGGGGAAUGAUGCAGUGGGGCUGUUGACGGACAAAUGUUAGUAUAUUCUGUUUCUGCGUUUGUAGGUACACCUGUUAUUUUGUUAUAAGCCCAUC